AUGCUCCAUUCGCCGGUGCGGAGCCCCGCGGACGAUCCCGGUGUCGCCCAGCCGCCGCGUGAAAGUAUGCCAGCUGGUGAACGUUCUCGCCACCGGGCCAGCAUCGGUCCAAACGUGGGGAUCGACCACGACGUCGCCACGAUCGAGGCCGUAGGCUCGUGUCGCCUGCCGCCUUUCUGGCGUGCAAAACCGGAUUUCUGGUUCGUCCAGGCCGAAGCCGCUCUUCAGCUCAGUCGAGUAAGAGGGGACGAGUCGCGCUACAAUAUGGUGCUUAGCAUGCUGGACCCUGACACGCUGACCGACAUCGAAGAUGUCAUCCGGUCGCCUCCGGCUACGGAGCGGUACCAAGCUCUGAAACAAGCCAUCCUGUCACGACUGACGGAUUCGGCAGAUCGGCAACUCCUUAAGCUCCUGACGCAGCUCGAGCUUGGUGACAAGCGUCCAUCGCAGUUGCUCCGCCACAUGCGGGGCCUUGCAAGCAGAGUGCCAGAUGACGUGCUCAGAGUGAAGUGGCUCGACCUGCUGCCAGUUAGCGCACAGCGACUCCUGCGAAUCCUCAAGUCGCCGACUCUCGAGGAGCUCGCUGCUGUCGCAGACGAGAUUGUGGAGACGGCCCCCAGCGUAGCUUCAGCCGCACCACCAGCCUCAGAGCCUCCGAACACGGUGACGGUUUCCUCUGUUGGAUCUUCGUCCUCCAGCCGGAGCGACUCCCAGGGACUUUCGGACCGCGUCGCCUCGGAGCUGGCGUCAUUGCGCGUCACCCUGGCGCAGCUAAUUGCACACCUCGGUCACGACUCCACGCAGGCCGCGUUCUCGGGCCAGGACUCCUCCAAGCGAGACGUCUGGCCGCAUCUGCACAUACCAUCGGCGCUGGGGCGCCCAGGCGAUGAACUGUCGUCAGCCUUGUUCCUUCAGCUUCAAGAGCCAGGGAAACUGACGCCGCCGGCCCCAGUGCAGGCCUUCGAGCCCGGCGCGCAGUCGUAUAGAGAGAACCGCCUGCACAUAUUUGAUCGGAGGACCAACCAGAAGUUCCUGGUGGACUCUGGCUCGGUGGUAUCAUUGUUGCCCCGAGCCUCGUUCAAGGGACGGCUCCAAAAGCAAGACCUGACGCUGCAGGCAGCCAACGCCUCGUCCAUUGCGACCUACGGCCAGCGGACAUUAGAGCUGGACCUCUCGCUGAGGCGUGUUUUCCGAUGGACAUUCAUCAUUGCCGAUGUCAGGACAGCUAUCCUCGGUGUGGACUUCUUAAGUCAUUUUGGACUGUCGGUCGACCUUAAGAGAAGGAGGCUCACCGACCCCCUCACAACCAUCUCAGCAGAGGGGAUCUGCCAUCACCCGGGAACACACUCGGUCUCCACGGUGCAGACGUCGCGUGUGGCUGACGGGCCCUUCCGGAAGAGGUACGAACACCUUCUUCGUGAGUUCGCUGACUUAGCCCUGCCAUCAAGGGUGACUGCUGUGCUGGAGGAUUCGCCCGUCGAGCACGCGAUACACACCACGGCUCCGCCUGUAUUCGAGCGUCCACGCCGCCUGUCUGGGGAACGCUUGUCGGCAGCAAAGGAAAAGUUUAACGCGCUGUUGGAUCAGGGGAUCAUCCGCCCGUCCUCCAGCCAGUGGGCUAGUCCGCUUCACUUGGUGAAAAAGGUCGACCUCCAAAAGGCAUUCCACCAAAUUCCAGUAGCACCUGGAGACGUGGGGAAGACGGCAAUCACAACUCCGUUCGGGUUGUUCGAGUUUUUAGGCACACCUCUGGGACUCCGGAACUCUGCUCAGACGUUUCAGAGAUACGUGAACGCGCUAUUUCGUAAAAUGCCGUUCGUUCGUCCGUAUCUCAACGAUCUACUGGUUGCCUCGGACACGCAUAAGCAGCAUCUGCAACACCUGCAGCAACUCUUCGCUACGCUGCGCAAGGCAAGGCUCGCCGUGAACAUGGAGAAGUCAGUCUUCGGCGCCUCGGAGGUCUACCACCUGGGUUACCUGGUCUCCAAGGACGGUUACCAACCACCCGAGAGCAAGGUCGAAGUAAUCGCGCGCUUCCCAAAACCUGCCAGUGCGCAACAGCUGCGCAGGUAUCUGGGAAUAAUUAACUAUUAUAGGCGCUGUAUAAAGGGCGCAUCCGAGCUCCAGGCUCCCCUGAACGAGCUCCUGAAGGGACUUCCGAGAAAAUCAUCGAAACCGCUCUUGUGGAUGCCUGAAGCGGACAAAGCGUUCAUUGACUCCAAGGCCAGCAUCCAGUCAGCGACCAGGGCUACGUUCCUAGCGCAGGACGCACCACUCGCCCUGGUAACCGACGCUUCCAGCACUGCCAUAGGGGCCGCUCUGGAGCAGCUUCAGGACGGAGUAUGGAAACCGCUGGGAUUCUUCUCACAAAAGCUCAGCCCUACGGAGCAGAAAUACAGCACCUACGACCGUGAACUGCUGGCCAUCUUUGCCGCCAUCAAGCAUUUCCGGCGCAUACUGGAGGGUCGUUUCUUCACGGUUCGUACAGAUCACCGUCCUCUGACCUUCGCCGCCCAGCAGAAAUCUGACAAGGCGUCGCCUCGAGCUCAGCGUCAACUGGAUUACAUUCUGCAGUACAACAUUAAGUUUGAAGCAGUAAGGGGAGAUGACAACCUCGUGGCGGACGCGCUCUCCAGGAUAGAGACCGUCGGCAUGCCGACCAUCCUCGACGCUACGCUGAUCCAGCAAGCUCAAGCCUCAGAUUCUGAGCUGCCGAAUCUGUUAGAUGUACCAAACCUCGAGCUCCACCGCCUGGAGGUAGACGGAGGCCAGAUCUUCUGCAGCAUCGCCACAAGCGUCGUGAGGCCAUAUUCCGGCAUCCCUGCGCCGGACUGCCUUCGACGUUGUGCACGGGCCGUCCCAUCCCAGUGGGCGCGCAACGGCACAAUGCAUGGAGCAGAAGUUCUUUUGGCCUGGCCUGCGGAAAGAUGUGACGCGCUGGGGACGUGA